AUGAUACUACCCCUUGCGGAGAAUGACGAAUUGAGUGGCGGCGAGGAGAAGAUGUUAAUUGGUGGGAAGGGUGUUGUCGUUGAGCAUACAUCAUUUUGCAUUCCUCGUUAUAUGUUGAAGUGUUGUCGUCCAUACCGUAUCGUUCACGAAGUGGCAUCCAUUCAUCCAUACGUUUUCAUCCAAUAUGUGCCAUCUUUGCGAGGGAUGAUUUGGUACCGUAUUGGGUCAUCCAUGUCUUGUCGUACAUUGCGUGUUAUCCAUGAUUGCAAGCUUUGUAGACCUCCGCUGGCGAAUGCCAUCGACGGCAAUCUAUGGUGA